AUGUUAGUAGAAGAGGUUCCUAAAUCCACAAAUGCUAAAACUUCUACUAUUUAUUUUAGCUCCUCGAUCAAUUUAACUGCUCGGCUGUUAGGGAAAUCAAACACUGCUGGUGAUUCAUCCCUGGGAUUAUCAAACAAGAAAGGAAGAGCAAAAGUGAAUUAUAACCUUAACCAAUUAAUGAAUGCACAAACUAUGACAAAUGAACCUACAAAUAAAACAGGUACCUUAAAAUCCACCCAGCAAGUUCAGUUGGAAAGAUUAGUAUCAAAAAGACUCGUUGAUUUAAACCAUGAAACGUCUACAAAGGGAUUUGAAUUGCCUAAAAAUUUCACAUAUACUAGCAUUCAUUCAAAAGGGUCUCAGAAGGUAUCACAUAAGUCAAGAUUGGGUAACACUCCAACAACAAAAAGAAUACUUGCUGCUCGAAGAAACUUGAAUCUGUAUUAUGAAGAAGAAAGAAACUUGAUAUCCAUAAAUACCAUUCUUGGAUUAAACUAUCAAUUUGUGGAUUUUACCGAGGUUGAUAAGAACAAAAGAAGAAAAUUUGAGAGAGUUAGACCAAAGAUUAGACUCUGUAGUAUUUGUGGAGACAAAUCAAACUACUCAAGAUGUCCUCUAUGUGGACUUUACUAUUGUAGUGUAAAGUGCAAUAAUUUACACCAAGAACUGAGAUGUGCAUAA